AACUAGUUGUUUAUCGCAUUCAAUUAUCGACUCUAUAAGUGCAGUUUCUUCGUCACCAAUCUAAUUUGUAUGGAUCCUAAGGAAAGAAUGAACUCGACACUUUUACUUGUUGGAGUUCUAUUACUGUCCUUUGUUUCUUAUUCUGAACAAGAAUCAAUUGAAAGUCUAGAUGAUGUACUUGUUUAUCCAAUGGAGCCGGCAUCGAAAAGACAUAAGCGUGACAUUGAACGAGAAACAAAGCAAGCCCAGUUUGUUGCAUUUGUCGAGGAUAAACUGAUUCAACACACCCAAGCCUUGGAACAUCUUCUAAAAGUCGCUCUCAACACUGAAGAUAUUUUAAAUCAUCUAAUUCAAAAUUGGAAUGCUAAUAUGGAACAGCCGAAAGCACCUGAAAAGAUUGAGGAGCUACACAAUAAUUCACGGCGUAGUUAUAUAAAGGUUGAAACGGAAUCUCCUAUCGCUAAAAUUGGUCGAAAAUUUUCUGCUUAUGGAAUGCUUUUUAAAGAUAUGUUAGUUAAUGAAUUCGAAGGCAAUGGCCCAAACCCAGUUGUUGAGAAAUCUAUCAUGGACACACUGAACUCAAAAGAAACUUCUCGUCGGUCAUUCAGCGGUCCUCCGGUGUUUGUGCCUCGAAAUGCAAAUGAACCAAGUCCCUGGUGUGCAGUAUCUGUAGUUUGCCAAAGAUCGUUGAAUCCCAUAUGUGGGUACGAUGAAAUCUUUGGAUACGGAAAAUUUGACGACAUAUGCCAUAUGUUGAAAGUCAACUGCUUUUGGAAAUUCAAUUUUGCGCUUGUACCUUCUUGCAGACCAGGGACGUAGAGGUGUGCUUCGUUGAAUAGAUAGAUCAAAACGUUUCAAUACUUUUAAAAUUACACUAUGCGCUAUUAAACAUUAAACACCUUUCAUUGUGUAUUGUUAUUGAUUAUGUUUUAUUAACAAAUCGAAAUACAAUGUUUGUUUUUA